UGUUCAACAGAACACAUUAUUGAAAAUGCACUUUGAUCGAAGCACUUUGAUAAAAUUUGAAGAGUAGAAGUGCACUUCAAAAUGUUACAUUAAAUAAAAUGAAGUUGGGAUAUUCUAUUUUAAUUCUUGUCUAUCUUUCACGGGAUUUGCAAAUAUGUUCAGGAAUCGCAUUGAUAAACAAAACCACAGAUUUUCAGCAAGAAUACAGGCCCAACGGUCCGUUAGUACUGUGUAAAUUUCUGCCAAAAGAAUUUAUAGAAUGCGAAGAACCAAUUGAUCAUAAGGGUAAUAAAACUGCCAAAGAAGAAACUGGAUUUGGUUGUGUAAAGUUUGGAGGUUCUAGAUACGAAGAUGUUGAAAAAACUAAAGUAUCAUGUACUGUCCUACCAGAUAUUGAAUGCUAUGGGCAAAGAACAUUUACCCGUGAGGGAGUUCCUUGUAUAAAAUACAGUGAUCACUAUUUUGCUACUACUUUAUUAUAUAGCAUACUGUUAGGUUUCCUGGGUAUGGAUAGAUUUUGUCUAGGACAAAAUGGUACUGCUGUAGGUAAAUUAGUAACAUUGGGUGGAGUAGGAGCAUGGUGGGUGUUCGAUGUAAUUCUAUUAGUCACAGGUUCCUUACAACCAGAAGAUGGUAGUAACUGGAAUCCUUACGUAUAGUGUACCAAAUGAAAUUGAGAAAUCUCCAAAAUAUUAAGUAAGAACAAAUGUUUUAUGUACUGUUGUCUUUCUAAUCAAUAAUAAAUAAAUUAAGUUUAA